AUGGUGUGUGCCGCCGGAGGCUGGCGGGGCACGGCGGCGGCGGUGUCGGCGGUGGGGUGUGGUGAGGGCAAGCAGGGAGCUCCUGCAGGCAGCCGUGCUGGUGUUGGUGGCGGCGGCGGCGGUGAGCGCCCACCAGCAGUUGGUGACCACCUGUGGACGCUGCUAGUAGUGGUGGUGGUGGCCAGUGGCGAUCGGCAACUGCCCAGACAGCGGCGCUGCCAGGAGGCCGUGCAGAGCGCAGCCGUGUGCCGGGGCGCUUCUGACGGCUCAGCUGCCGGAGCAGAGCUAGGAUUUCGAAAAGGGGCGCAGAGGAUCCGCAGCGAGGAGGCGCAGCACGACCCCGCGCUGCCGCCCUGGUUCGCCAGCUACGACCCGGGCGCGGCCAAGAGCAUCCUCAACAACGGGCGCACCUGCCGCGUGGUCUUCGACGACACCUUCGACCGCUCAGUUCUGAGAGGUGGACCUAUUCAAGGAGCCUACAGGCUGCGACAACUUCAUUUUCACUGGGGUUCUUCUGAUGACCAUGGCUCAGAGCACGUUGUGGAUGGAGUGAAAUAUGCAGCAGAGCUUCACAUGGUGCACUGGAAUCCAAAACAUGGUAAUUUUGCUCCAGCUUUGAAACAACGUGAUGGAGUGGCUAUAGUGGGUGUUUUUCUGAAAGUAGGGAAAACUCUUAAACGAGAAAUGAAAAGAAUUCUUGAAGAAAUGGAAUCUAUCAAGACAAAGGGGAAAGAGACUCCUUUUCUACACUUCGAUCCAUCAAUCCUUUUCCCCAAGUCUCGGGACUACUGGACCUAUGAGGGCUCCUUCACUACACCUCCUUGUGAAGAGUGUGUCACCUGGAUUCUUCUGAGAGAGCCUAUUGUUGUCAGCCCAGACCAGAUGGCAAAGCUACGGAGCCUUUCCAUGAACACUGAGAAUGAACCUUUUCACCCCCUGGUGGAUAACUGGCGUCCUCAACAGCCUCUGAAGGGCAGGGUUGUGAGAGCCUCCUUCAAAUAAAUUUCUGUUGAAGUUGGGUGCCUUUUGAGUGAGAAAAUUCCCAGCUACCAAAGCCUAGGUAGCAACGUACUCUCUGCUGCUCUCCCCCUGGACUGGCCAAAGCCUGAAAGUCUGAAUAAUGAAAUAUGGUGGAUCACUGACUCUGAUUUUUAGCAGAGAAAAUUUGGCUUGGGUAAUUUUUAAAGGUUAAUAUGGAAAAGUGGAGUCUCUGUUGGGCUCAUAGCAACAGCUUUAGCUUUAAACGGGCCCUUUCUACCAAGAGCUGUUGGCAGUAAAAUGAGGUAGGUUCAAUACCUAGGUAUCUAGAGGUAUCUCUUCAUAUUAAAAAGCAUAAUUGUUUUAAGUCUUUACCCAGAAAAUCGAGAAAAUGGAACACCUCCGCUAGAUACCCUAAUAGACAAUAUUUCCCUCCUUGCUAGCUUUCAGUGUCUGUACAGAACAAUGGGAAUUUAAUUAGGGGAGGAGUGCAGUAUAAAUUGUGAAUCCAAAUAGUAUCUAGUGAAUAAAUGUUCUUUUAACACACCGCUUUCCCCCUUCCUCUGCUGCCUCUCAUUUGCAGUUUGUUGUCAGAGAUUCAAACAAAGAAUCAAGAGCUGCCUUCAGGUGCCUUCUGCACCUCUCACCUUUGGAAGGUGGG